CCCUUUGCCUGCUGAAACUCAAGACAUUAUCUACCCUUCUUUUCUUCCGUUUUGCUCAUAAUCCAACACACCAGGGAGGGGAAAAAUCAAAACCCAGAAAGGAGAAGCUGAAAAAGCUGAGAACUUUGGUCGGCUUUACCAAGGAAAAGUGAGUUUUUUUUUGUUGGUUUUGCAAGACGAAUAAGAAGAGAUAUGGGUGAGAAAGAUGAUGGCUUGGGGUUGAGUUUGAGUUUGGGAUGUGCUCAAAAUCCCAUGCCUUUAUCCUCAAUCCGCUUGCAAAAUCCCCAGCCCAACAACACUUGGAAUGAAUUUUUUCGGUUUUCUGAUCGAAAAUUUGAUACGAGGUCGUUUCUCAGAGGGAUCGAUGUGAACCGAGCAGCCACAACGGUUGAUUGCGAGGAGGAAGGUGGGGUGUCGUCUCCCAACAGCACCAUCUCAAGCAUAAGUGGGAAGAGGAACGAGAGAGACAACGCCGGUGAUGAAACCGAGGCCGAGAGAGCUUCUUGCACUCGGGCCAGUGAUGAAGAAAAUGGUGCUGCAGUUGAUGCCUCAAGAAAGAAGCUCAGGCUCUCGAAGAAACAGUCCUUGCUGCUCGAAGAGACCUUCAAGGAACACAGCACUCUUAAUCCGAAGCAAAAGUUGGCACUGGCAAAGGACUUGAAUCUGAGACCUAGGCAAGUGGAGGUUUGGUUCCAGAACAGAAGGGCCAGGACAAAGUUGAAGCAGACGGAUGUUGAUUGCGAGUAUCUCAAGCGAUGUUGCGAGAAUCUGAACGAGGAGAACCGGAGAUUGCAGAAGGAAGUGCAAGAUCUUAGAACAUUAAAACUCUCCCCACAGCUCUACAUGCACAUGAACCCUCCCACUACACUCACUAUGUGCCCGUCUUGCGAACGCAUGGUGGCUUCUUCGUCAUCGUCAAUGACGACGUCUUCUGUGGCAGCUGCCUCCUCCGUCCUGGCCCCUACUUCAGCCAUUCCGAACCAACAACGGCAGUUGCCUUUUAGUCCUUGGGCAGCAAUGCCGAUUAGUCAUCGACCCUUCAGUCCGGCCCCUGCUUCUAGAUCAUAAUUAUAUAUGAUAAUCAAUGAUGGGUACUGAUUAUAGGUAGUUCUAGUU